CGCCAGCAGAAAGGGUCUCCUGCACGCGCCCAUGCCCAGCAGUCGCAGCUACGGCCUCAGCAGCAGCAGCAGCAGCAGCAAUCAACAGCACGAAGCUCAGCCAGUAGAAAUUCAGAGAAGCUCCUCCACCAAACCUCCUGGUCCCCCGAACCUCGCUCGGUUCGGCAGUCUGCCGCGGAUGCCAGCCUGGCUCGGCCAGGCUCCGUGCCUGCUGUGACGAAUGGCGUGAAGAGCCUUCCUGCUGGAACUGAGGAGGAGGAAG